AUGGCGGGACCUGGGGGUUGGAGGGACAAGGAAGUCACGGAUCUGGGCCACUUGCCGGAUCCAACUGGAAUAUUCUCACUGGAUAAAACCAUUGGCCUUGGUACUUAUGGCAGGAUCUAUUUGGGACUCCAUGAAAAAACUGGUGCAUUUACAGCUGUUAAAGUGAUGAACGCUCGUAAGACUGCUUUACCUGAAAUAGGAAGGAGAGUGAGAGUGAAUAAAUAUCAAAAGUCUGUCGGAUGGAGAUACAGCGAUGAGGAAGAGGAUCUCAGGACUGAACUCAACCUUUUGAAGAAGUACUCUUUCCACAAAAACAUUGUAUCUUUCUAUGGUGCUUUUUUCAAGCUGAGCCCCCCUGGCCAGAGGCACCAACUUUGGAUGGUGAUGGAGUUAUGCGCAGCAGGCUCAGUCACUGAUGUAGUGAGAAUGACCAGAAAUCAGAGUUUGAAAGAAGAUUGGAUUGCAUAUAUCUGCCGAGAAAUCCUUCAGGGCCUAGCUCAUCUUCAUGCACACCGUGUAAUUCACCGGGACAUCAAAGGUCAAAAUGUGCUACUGACUCAUAAUGCUGAAGUAAAACUUGUGGAUUUUGGAGUGAGUGCCCAGGUGAGCAGAACUAAUGGGAGGAGAAAUAGUUUCAUUGGAACACCAUACUGGAUGGCACCUGAAGUGAUUGACUGUGACGAAGAUCCCAGACGCUCCUAUGAUUACAGAAGUGAUGUGUGGUCUGUAGGAAUCACUGCUAUUGAAAUGGCCGAGGGGGCUCCUCCCCUGUGUAAUCUUCAGCCUUUGGAAGCCCUCUUUGUUAUUUUGCGGGAAUCUGCCCCCAAAGUCAAAUCCAGUGGAUGGUCUCGCAAGUUCCACAACUUCAUGGAAAAGUGCAUGAUAAAAAAUUUCCUAUUUCGUCCUACUUCUGCAAACAUGCUUCAUCAUCCUUUUGUUCGGAAUAUAAAAAAUGAAGGACACGUUGUUGAGUCAUUGAAGAAGCAUCUUAUUGGAAUCAUUAAAAAGAGACAGAAAAAAGGAAUACCUCUGAUCUUUGAAAGAGAAGAAGCUAUUAAGGAGCAGUAUACCAUGAGAAGAUUCAGAGGACCUUCUUGUACUCAUGAGCUUCUGAGACUGCCAACCAGCAGUAGAUGUAGACCACUUAGAGUUCUGCAUGGAGAACCGUCUCAGCCAAGGUGGUUACCUGAUCGAGAAGAGCCACAGGUCCAGGCACUUCAGCAUCUACAGGGAGCAGCCAGGGUGUUCAUGCCACUACAGGCUCAAGACAAUGCACCUAGGCCUCUACAGGGGCAAGCCCAGGCACCUCAGCGAUUACAAGGGGCAGCUCGGGUCUUUAUGCCACUACAAGCUCAGGUUAAGGCUAAGACAUCUAGGCCCCUACAGAUGCAGAUUAAGGCACCUCCACGACUACGGAGGGCAGCCUGGAUGCUUAUGCCACUACAGGCUCAGGUUAAGGCAUCUAGGUCUCUACAGGUACAGGUACAGGUACCUAAAGAGCAGCAGGCUCAGGCUCAGUCCCAGACAUCAGAAGAGCCACAGGAUCUGGACCAGGUACCAGAGGAAUUUCAGGGGCAAGAUCAGAUACCUGAACAACAACAAAGGCAGGGUCAGGCCCCUGAACAACAGCAGAGGCAGAACCAGGUACCUGAACAGCAGCUGGAGCAGAACCAGCUACCUGAACAGCCAGAGGUACAGGAACAGGCUCCUGAGCCCACACAGGCAGAGACUGAGUCAGAAGAACCUGAGUCCUUACGAGUACACGCCCAGGUAUUCCUGCCCCUACUCUCACAGAACCACCAUGUGCUGUUGCCACUACAUUUGGAUACUCAGGUACUCAUUCCAGUAGAGGGACAAAAUGAAGGGUCACCUCAUGCACAGGCCUGGGCACUAGAGUCCCCACAGGCAGUUGGCUCAGUUCAAGAACUGAUAGAGGGACUAUCAAGAGGCUUACUUCGAGCACCAAACUCACAUAACUCAAAGCCACUUGGUCCCCUGCAAACCUUGAUGGAAAACCUGUCUUCAAACAUGUUUUACUCUCAACCAGAACAAGCACGGAAGAAAAAAUCAAAAGUUUCUAGUCUAAGGCAGGCAUUGGCAAAAAGACUAUCACCAAAGAGGUUCCGGGCAAAGUUAUCACGGAGACCUGAAGAGUUUGAGCUCUCAGAUUUAGAAGCCUGCAGACGAAGGCACCAGAACAGAUGGGAGGAUAUCUUUAAUCAGCACGAAGAAGAAUUGAGACAAGCUGCAAAUGACAAAGAAGAUGAAUCAUCAGACAAUGAUGAAGUAUUUCAUUCAAUUCAAGCUGAAGUCCAAAUAGAACCAUUGCAACCAUAUGUUCCAAAUCCUAAAGGAAAUGAGGUCCAAGAAAGAUCUACUUCAAAGACUUACAAUCAGGAUUGUGAACACCGUGUCAAGAUCUCUUCAAAUGUUCCUCAGCAGUCUGUUUUGGAACAAUCUCAGAAGCCCAUUGACAUCAGACAAAGAAGUUCGCAAAAUCUUCAAAACUGUCCAGCAGCAUCAGACUCUUCUUCUGAGGAAGAGAGUCCUGUGACCUGGAGGAGGUCCCAGUCAUCACCACCUUAUUCCACUAUCGAUCAGAAGUUGCUGGUUGAUGUCCACGUUCCAGAUGGAUUUAAAGUAGGAAAAAUAUCACCCCCUGUUUACUUGACAAAUGAAUGGGUAGGCUAUAAUGCACUCUCUGAAAUCUUCCGGAAUGAUUGGUUAACUCCUGCACCUGUCAUUCAGCCACCCGAAGAGGAUGGUGAUUAUGUUGAACUCUAUGAUACUGGUGCUGAUACUGAUGGUGAUGAUGCUGAUUCUAAUGAUGUAUACGAGGAUACCUAUGAUCAUGAAAAUGGCAAUGCUGACUUGGAUAACAAGGUUGAUCCGGCGAAUGAUGUUGGUGAAGACUAUGAAGAUAAUGACGAUGAUGGAACUAUAGAUGACAAAGCCAAUAAUCAUGAUGAUGCCCCUUGUUGGCCAAGAACAAGCUAUGACAGAGAUGGAAGCUGCAAGCAAGAUGGUAGAGAUGGAAGUGAUGGUGGAGAAGAGACCUGCUGCAGCUAUGGAAGUCAGAGAGUCAGUAGAGGCCAUGGAGAAAAUGUAGCCAGUGGGGGCAGUGUAGCCAUUAGAGACCAUGAAGAACUUGGAGCCAAUAUAGGCAAUGGAAGAAGAGUUAAGGAAGUUAAUGGAGGUAAGGGAAUCAGUGGUACCAAGGAAGAAAGUGGAGCCCUUGAACUCAGUGGAGGAGAAAAUUUGUCAGAGACAGAUAGUCAAGGAUUGGAGAGACCAACAUCCCACGACUUUGAACAUCAACAGGAGGAGGCUGGUGGUAGAAGCGAGGCCUCAAAUGCCAUUGCCUCAGGUGCUGCAUUAGCAGCACCUGAUGAUGAGAAUAACAGCAUGGACAUAUCAGAAGCAUCAACACAAUCAGGUUUUUCUGCCAGCCACUCUUCUUCCAAUGCUUCUGGGAAAGCAGCAAAUGCUGACUUUGCCAGCGCCAUCUUGUAUGCUGGAUUGGUGGAAGCACCUGAGAAACCACCUAAAAGACCCUCUGAAGUCAAUGUUAACCCACUAUAUGUGUCUCCUGCAUGUAAAAAACCACUAAUCCACAUGUAUGAGAAGGAAUUCACUUCUGAGAUUUGUUGCGGUUCUUUGUGGGGAGUGAAUUUGCUGUUGGGAACCCGAUCUAAUCUGUAUCUGAUGGACAGAAGUGGAAAGGCAGACAUCAUUAAACUGAUAAAGCGAAGACCAUUCCGUCAGAUUCAAGUUGUAGAGCCACUCAAUUUGCUGAUUACCAUCUCCGGCCAUAAGAACAGACUUAGGGUGUAUCAUUUGACCUGGCUGAGGAACAAGAUUUUGAAUGAUGAUCCAGAAAGUAAAAGAAGACAAGAGGAAAUGCUAAAGACAGAGGAAGCCUGUAAAGCUAUUGAUAAGUUGACAGGAUGUGAACACUUCAGUGUCCUUCAGCAUGAAGAAACAACAUAUAUUGCAAUUGCUUUGAAAUCAUCAAUUCACCUUUAUGCUUGGGCACCAAAGUCCUUCGAUGAAAGCACUGCUAUUAAAGUAAUAUGCAUUGAUCAAUCAGCAGACUCUGAAGGAGAUUACAUGUCCUAUGAAGCCUAUAUACGAAUACUGGCAAAAAUACAGGCAGCUGAUCCAGCGAACCGGUUUAAGAGACCAGAUGAGCUCCUUCAUUUGCUGAAGCUCAAGGUGUUUCCAACAGCUGGUCAUAAGCCAGUGACAGUUGACCUGGCUAUUGGUACUGAAAAGAGACUAAAGAUUUUCUUCAGCUCAGCAGAUGGAUAUCACAUCAUUGAUGCAGAAUCUGAGGUUAUGUCUGAUGUGACUCUGCCAAAUAACCCCCUGGAAAUCAUUAUACCACAGAAUAUCAUCAUUUUACCUGAUUCCUUGGGAAUUGGCAUGAUGCUCACUUUCAAUGCUGAAGCCCUUUCUAUGGAAGAAAAUGAACAACUCUUCAAGAAGAUCCUUGAAGUGUGGAAAGACAUACCAUCUUCAGUAGCUGUUGAGUGUACACAGCGAACCACAGGAUGGGGCCAAAGGGCCAUUGAAGUCCGCUCUUUGCAGUCAAGAGUUCUGGAAAAUGAACUGAAGCGCAGGUCAAUUAAGAAACUGAGAUUUCUGUGUACCCGAGGUGACAAGCUAUUCUUUACCUCUACCCUGCGUAAUCGCCACAGCCGGGUUUACUUCAUGACCCUUGGAAAACUUGAAGAGCUCCAAAGCAAUUAUGGUGUUUAAAAGGUUCUAAUGAUAUAUUACAACAUUUACAAGUAUCAUAAAUACACAAUUUACAUCUUAAAAUUUCUGAGAUUAAAUAAACAUUCAGUUUUAUUGUUAGGGAAAAAUUAAAUCAGAUACUUUACUUUUAAUGUAGCACAAAAUAGUUCUAAUGAGAAAUGCAUCUUUAUAUAUAAAAUUAACUAUAGCAAGCUCUAUGUACUCCAAUGGUGUACGAUAUCUUUUGCACAAACUUUGUAACUUUUGUUACUGUGAAUUCAAAUAUUACUCUUUGGACAGUUUGGACAGUAUCUACAUUCAGAUUUUUCUACAUGGAGUGAAGAAACUUGUAAUGACUUAGGUUCCAAAUAGCUUUCAAAAUAACUGGCCCUGAGUGAGGUUUUUCAGAAAAAAAUAAAAAUGACAACAAACAAUAUGCACAUUUGUAAAGUCAUAUAAAGAACCAAAGUUUAGAUUAUUAAAUGAAAAUAAUAAGGACUAUGCUAUAAACCAGACUAACGCCGAACAACCUGCAUGCCUGGAGAAGACUGCAGUGAUAAAGGGGUAAAGGCCACCCAUUCUUACUGUUCUUUGUCAGUUAAACUCCCAGUCAACGACCAGUUGUGCUUUUUCAUUACCAUGUUAAGCUGGUUUCCUCCUGAUAAGGAGGAAGAAACUCUUAGAUGCUUGAUUUUCCUCACAAGCCCUGAAGAUGUGCAAUCACUGUUAAAAAAAAAAAAAAAAAAACCAACACC